GGGGGAGACAACGGUCCAUUGAACAGACAAUAGCCCAUACUAGAGGCCUAUGUAGAAAAUCGUUGUACCUGGUAGCAAAUGCUUCUUCUUCGCAAGAAGUUUCAGCAAAUUGCACGGACACUGUAGGCUACAGACCACUCCAGUUUGCCGAUACAUUAGUUCCUGGACAGAAUUAGGAAUCAUGGGAACCGUGUUCCUGCCCGCUCAGACGGCUCACUCCCUGUUGAGGAGGCUCCGCAGGGCGAACAGCCUCCUGGAGGAGAUCAAACAGGGGAACAUCCAGAGGGAGUGCUGGGAGGAGAGCUGCAGCUACGAGGAGGCGCGAGAGGCGUUCGAAAACGAUGAGAAAACCAGGCGGUUCUGGGAGGAGUACGUACGGGAGAAAAGCCAGGGCGGUCCCGGGGGCCUGGAUUCCGGCAUGGGACAGUUCCCGUCGCUCUACCUGAUCCUCCCCCUGGUGGUGGGACUGCUUCUCAUCGGCGUGGUGAUGGUUGCCGUGUGGAGGUGCCACUCGCACAAGCUCUUCCAGCGCAGCUCGGGCUUCGGCCACGGCGGCCGCGGCGGCCACGGCGGCCACGACCCCAGCCCCGCCUUCGUGUCCAUGGACCGGCAGGGGCGGAGCUACCGCCCCGACGCCGGCACGCCCUCCGAGCUCAGCGCCCAGAACAGCCCCGUGCACCCGGGCUCCGACCUCGCCCCCGGCCGGGUCAGCGGGGGGGACCCGCCCCCCUCCUACGAGGAGGCCGUGGGUCACACGGACCCGCCCCCUCAGUACGAGGAAAUCAUCAACACCAGCUCCACCCGGGUGAUUAUGGGACAUGGGAAAUGAGCCUCCUCUCCACCAGCAAGUCCCCACCUCCUCCCCCUCUAUUCCUGCAGCAACCCCGCCCAUCCCUCAGGCUCCGCCCUCCCUGACUACCGUUGUGAGCUGAUUCUGUGGAGGAGUGAAAGAAUGGAACAGAGGGGGAACAGACGAACACACGAGCACGUUAAGGUUUCGGGACAGCGGAGUGCGAUGAAUGGAAGAGGCACCAGACCUGCUGACCGUCAUUUGUGAAGUUUGUGAGCUGGAACACUAAGCCAGUAGGACACUGACCCACCGGAACACUAAGCCAGUAGGACACUGACCCACCGGAACACUAAGCCAGUAGGACACUGACCCACCGGAACACUAAGCCAAUAGGAUACUGACCCACCGGAACACUAAGCCAGUAGGACACUGACCCACCGGAACACUAAG